AUAUCUGUAUUCUUAUCUACAAGAUUGAUUUUUAGUAUUAGAAAUUCCGCUGAUUUUAUUUUAAAGUUUUUAUUUUUCUGAUUUACUUUUUUCUUUUCCUUUUUCUUUCUUUCUUUUUGUAAGUUUCCUUUAUGUAUCUCAAGAAUCGAUUGACACGUAUCAAAAAUAAUUUUAAUCUUCAUGAGGUCUCUGGUAGUCUAGGUGAUUUAGGUACUUUUUUACCAAUCAUGAUUUCAUUGGCUAUUGGAGGUCAAAUCAAUCUAACAAGCACAUUAUGGUUUACUGGUAUAUGGAAUAUUUUAUCUGGUGUAUUUUUUCAAGUACCUGUUUGCGUUCAACCUAUGAAAGCUGUUGCGGCUGUUGUUCUUUCAAGUAAAAUGACUAUAGAAGAAAAUAUGGCUGCUGGUAUUGGCGUGGGAGCAAUUGUCUUUUUUUUGGGUGUAACUCGGACUAUCAAUUUGGUUGGGAAUUACACUCCAAUUGCCGUGAUUAGAGGGAUUCAAAUGGGUACUGGGUUUUCCUUAAUUCAGACUGCUUACAAACUGGUCAACAAACUCUCUUGGGAAAUGAGAGGUACUCAAGAUCAAUGGGCUGACAAUUAUGUUUGGGUUCUUUUGGCCUUCCUUUUUGUAUUCUCUUGUUAUAACAAUAAAGUACCAAGUGCUUUGAUCUUAUUCUUAAUUGGUUUAAUUUUUGCAUUUAUCCAAAUGUACGUGGACAAAACUGAUACUCCUCGACCUUUUAUUGGUGGCUAUUAUCCUGAUACCAUUAUUCGUCCUUCUGCUUCACAAUUUCGUGAUGGUUUUGUUAACGCUGGAUUGGGUCAAAUUCCUUUGACUGCUUUGAAUUCUGUGAUUGGCCUUUGCGCUUUGAUUGACGAUUUAUUUCCGGAUAAACAUGCUGGUACAUCUGAAGUAUCAAUGAGUGUGGGUGUUAUGAAUAUAGUCCAAUGUUGGUUUGGUGCUAUGCCCCUUUGUCAUGGUGCUGGUGGAUUGGCAGGUCAAUAUCGUUUUGGUGCUCGUUCUGAAGUAUCCAUCAUCAUUCUUGGUUUAUGCAAGUUACUUUUGGGUAUCUUAUUUGGUAGUUCUUUGGUCGGUCUUUUAGAUCUCUUUCCCAAAUCUAUUUUAGCUGUAAUGUUAUUCGUAUCAGCUAUUGAACUCGCUUUUGCUGGUAAAGCGAUUGUAGCUGGUGAAACAGAUGAACAAAAGAAAACAGAAAAAUGGGUAGUGAUGCUUGUGACCACAGGAGUGAUGAUGGCAUUUUCCAAUGCAGGCAUUGGAUUCUUGGCUGGUUUGGUAGUAGCUGCCUUGUUGUCUAUGCAACGACUUGGUUUACGUACUUGGUUUGAACAUACAUUACAUGGUAUCCGUGAUAUUCCUCAAAAAUGGCGUGCUGAACGUGAUUAUGCAACUGGACGUAUGCUUCCCACUGACAAAACAGCAAUUACAUCUUCACCAACUGGAUCAAUUCUUGAAACUCAUCCUGAUGUAGGUAAUAAAAAUCAAUAUCUAUCACCCCCUUCGUCAUCAUCCGUUAUAUCACUUCCUCAUCAACCUGUACCUCACACAUCUUCCUCUAGUUAGUUUGUUUCUUAUAUCAUUAUAUACUAUCAUUUUCAUUUCAUAUUGUCUUUAAUAAAGGAAUUUGAUUUUUUUUUUGUCAUUAUAUAA